AUGGACCACGCUGGGUUGCUGGAUCCCGUCUCGACGAUGCAGCUGCUGCUGCUGAUGCUGCUGCUGCCUCUCAGCUGCAGCCAAUACGACGAUGCCCACCAUGACGGGCCAAUGGACUCCAUUCCCAGCAAUGCGGAGCUGAUGCAGAGCCAGACGUUCACGGACAUGGAGAAACUCAUGAAGAACUUCCGCAGAUACAACAGCAUGAUCCGACCCAACUACCGAGAUGGACCCACCAUCGUGAACGUCAGCAUGACUGUCAAGAACAUAGCCUCCUUCGACGUCUCAAACAUGGAAUAUAAAAUGACCAUCUUCCUGGUCCGCCAAUGGAUGGAUCACCGUCUCCACCUCCGUCGCAAGUGGUCUGGAAGAGAGGGUUAUAUCGACAUACCCAACGCGGCUGCAGUAGGCUACCUGUGGAGGCCGACCGUGUUCUUCAACAAUGAAAAGAACUCCGUGGUCCACUCGGUGACGGCACCCAACACCAUACUGAAGGUUUACAACGACAGCAGAGUCGUCUACUCCAUGAGAAUCACGCUAACCCUCAGCUGUCCCAUGUACAUCCGAAACUACCCCUGGGAUAUCCAGUUUUGCCCCAUGACCCUCACCAGUGCCAGCUACACGGCGAACGAAAUGUUUCUGCAAUGGGACAAGGACGAACACCGCAUGAUCGCCAAGGACAUCAGCAUCCUUCCGUUGGUUGUCGAAAACAUCACGCUGUCCGACAACUGCACAUACACUGAAAUCAUCGGAAACCUAUCGUGCCUGAACAUCACAUUCAAGCUGUGUCGGAGAAUGAGCGCCUCUGACCUGCAGAUGUACGUGUCGAGCGGCCUGCUCUCCUUCCUGUCCUGCAUCGCCUUCCUAAUCCCCGUGGACAAGACGCCAGCGCGGGCCGGCAUCGGCAUUACCACGACCAUCUCGGUGAUCACGCAGUGCGCCAACGCUCAUGCCAACAUGCCCAAGGUUUCUUACAUGACAGCCAUGGACAUCUGGAUGUUGGGGUGCCUCUCGUUCAUCGUCUGCACCUUCAUCGUGAACAUUUUGGAGACUUAUUUUUGCCACAACAAGAAAGACAAUUCAGCACAAACAGAAGACGUAGGUCAAACGCAAGCUGACGAAGAAGAUUCCUCUCAUUCAGGCUCAGCAGCUGCUCAGGAGGAUGACGAAAACAGAGGAGGAGAACCCCCGAUCGCCAGCAACUGUGACCGACUGGUAAGAGUUGGUGUGCACGCGGCAGCGCUCGUUGUGGGCGUGUCGGAGCCGCACCCCCUGGGAGCUUAA